CGUAGAUAAACGUCGACCAUUAUGGGACCUUACAGCACCGCCGUCGCCGUAAGCGCAUCGCCGGUCCUGCAGGCUUCCUCACUCUUGACGCGAGCCCGUGGUUCUUGGAGGCCCACGGUGGCGGCGUUGCGGCUUUCUGCUUCCGUGAAAUGCCGUCGGCGGGCACUCACCGUGACCUGUGCGCUCCCGGAGAAAGAACGGCCGGCGGCAUUCAACAUCCCGCCCACUGCUCUGCUGUGCCCCGUGCCCCCGCCGGACGGCAAGGAACGGUGGGACAUCAAGGAGGAAGAUGACCGCGUCACGCUGUGGCUCCAGGUGCCAGGGCUGUCGGCGAGCGACAUCGAGGUGACCACCAGCGAGGACGUCCUCGAGAUCAAACGCAGGGUCGUCGCCCCACAGCAGCCGGCGCCCGUGGACGCGCACGGCGUCGGCGCGUUCCACAUCCGGCUGCUGUUGACCAAGGAGUACGACGGCAGCAACGUCACGGCCGAUCUCAAGGCCGGCAUGCUGGAGGUCACCGUCCACAAGAACCCGCAACGCCCCGGCGAACGCGCCGUGAUGAUGGGGGCGACCAAGCCCCCGCCCGAGCCCCGUCAAAACGAGGAGAGCAGUACCAACCAAAGGUCCUCGACCGCAAGAAAGGAAACCGGAACCCCCAUGGGGAGACAAAAUCCAAAUGGAGUCUAGCUGGUUGAGGGCUCGGACCCUGCUUUGAAUAAGCUUCUCAUUUCUAGCUGCGGAUGGACUCAAACCAGCAAUCGCCUUCUGUUAUAUCAAUUGCCUGGAGAGAGCUUACGCUGCUUGUAGUAUCAUGUGUGUUUCCUUAAAAAAACCCUUCUUUGUUUCUUUAUUUAUUAUGAGGGUUUUUUUUUGGUGUGCGGUCACACAGAGUGAAAACAAUUCCAUUUUCUAAGCAAAAUUCCAAUGGUCGUCUUCCCUGUACUGCAAAAUACACCUUAGACUUUGUUUAGGUAUUGUAAUAUUAACUCUAAUCCACGUGUGUUGAAGUGGAUUGAUAUAUAAAUUAGUUUAAGUU